AUCCCAUUGCCCUGGUCAGGCAGGAUAUGGGCUCGUCAAUUUUGUGCUUCUGACGGAACUAACUGCUUAAUAGGUGAUUGCUCCGAGUCGACUUGCUGGGGUCAUUCAUCGCAAAAUACUUCUCUUUUCGAGAUUACGGCAUCCGAUCUUCAGGUGGUCUACGAUGUCAGCCUUGUGGACGGUUUCACCAUGGGUAUCACCGGUAUGCCGACGAACAAGAAUUGUGAGACGAUUUCCUGUCAGGUCCCCCCUUAUCUUGGGUUCGGGGAAAGCGGCAAGCCGCUGUGCCCCGAGUCCAACAUACGAUCUUUCCAGAAGCACGGAAACUUGUCUCAGGCCUAUGCUUGUCUAUCAGAUUGUUCACUCUACGGCCUUGGGCAGUACUGCUGCUCCGACGAGUUUGAGACGCCAGGUGCUUGCGAGCCGAGUAGUCAAUGGUUCAAAGCUGCAUGUCCCGAUGCGUACAAUUUUGCGUUUGAUGAUUCUGUUUUGAGACACUGCGAAUUGACCGACUUUACUAUUGUUUUUGGUUGC